UUCCCGGAGAUCCUGGAGAGCCGGCUCCAGCAGCCCGCCGCGCGCAUCCAGGCGCUGACCUCCAUCAUCCUCUCCAUGAACGCGCUCGUCUCGAUCCUCCUCGCGCCCGUAACGGGCUACCUGGCGGACCAACUGUCCUCGCGGAAUGGGCUGCUGAUCGCCGCGUGGGUGGUGAAUAUGCUCGGGACGGCGGUGACGGCGUGGUCGACGACACUGACCGGUCUCAUCCUCGGCCGCCUCAUCCAGACCGUCGCGGGCUCGGUGAUCUGGAUCGUCGGCAUGGCGAUGCUCGCCAACGCCGCCGGGGCGCGGCACCUGAGCAAGGCGUUCGGGGUCGCGGUCCUGCUGGUCUCCGCGGGCUUGCUGACCGGUCCGGCCGUGUCGGCCGCCCUGUACAAGUUCGUCUCCUACGGUGUCAUGUGGUCGAGCGCCUUUCUCGUCCUUCUGAUCGGGCUGGUCCUGCAACUGCUCGUCCUCGAACCGCGCGGGGACGGAGCGCACGCCAGUUCCACUGCCGCCAAAGACUGGGCCACGGUAGACGAGGAGCAAGACACUCUCCCCCGGUCCUGCGGAACCCAGACCCUCGACGCCACCACCGCUCCGCUCCUCCCGUCCAGCCCGGCCGCAGAAGCUCGCACAUACACAUACCACACAACCAUCACCACCACCACCGCCGACACCCAUCCUCCAAAACCGGCGGAAAACCGCACCCCCGAAAAGCAGAACGUCUACUGGCUUAUCCUCCGCAAGAAGCGCGUCGCCGCCGGCCUGCUCGGCGACACGCUGCUCGCCGUCGUCAUCGCGAGCUUCGAGGCCACGAUCCCGCUGCACAUCCGCGAGGUCUUCCACUGGGACAGCUUCCACGCCGGACUCUUGUUCCUGCUGCUGCAGGCGCCGACGCUGAUCCUGGUGGUGCCUGUCGGCGGGCUCAAGGAUCGGUUCGGGCUGCGAUACCCCGUAUCCCUGGGGUUUGUGCUGCUAGCGCCGUCGCUGGUGCUGCUGGGUCUCCCGGGCCAGGGGCUCUUGGAGAAGAGUGGUGCCGUGGUGUAUCUUGUGAGCUUGGUGGCGAUUGGGGUGUGGAGGACGUUGAUUCUGGGGUAUGGAGGGGUGGAGGUUCUGAACGGCGCGAACGAGCUCGCCGAAGAGAAACCGGGCAUCUUCGGCUCGAACGAAGGCUACUCGCGCACCUUCUCCUUGUCAAAUGUCACCUGGAAGGGGGGCAUGUUCGUCGGGCCCUUAAUCUCGGGUGCGUUGACCGAGGCGGUGGGGUAUUUCUACAUGAAUCUGGUUCUGGGUACGUUUAUCUAUUCUGGGGGCGCUGGCUACGCACCACAAAUGACUCCCCGGGAUAAACGCCGUCCCGCCGUUCUCCCUGUCAUCGUCCUCGCAGGCGGAACCGGCGGGUUCGGACGGUAUCUCGCCGAAGCCAUCACCAGCUGCCCGGACUACGCCGUUGCGAUUUUGACUCGAUCCAACAAGAACCCCCCACCCUGGACCGACCACCCCAAAAUCACCACCCACCAAACCGACUACACCCCGACCUCCCUCCUCCCCAUCCUCAACACCACGCAGGCCACCACCCUCCUCUCGCUCAUCCGCUGCCCCAACGACGCCUACCUGACGCUGCACACCCACCUCCUGAACGCCUGCAUCGCCUCGCAGACCUGCAAGCGCCUCAUCCCGUCCGAGUGGGCCGGCAACAUCGACGACUUCCCGCUGUUGCCGCGCUCCUACGGCGUCACGCGCGCCCCCUUCCGCGAGAUCCUGCGGUCCCAGGCCGCGAGCCACAACGUCGAGUGGACGCUGGUCCACCACGGCUGGUUCAUGGACUAUUUCUUACCGAAACACAAAUCGUAUAUGGCGUACAUCCCCGGCGAGUUUCCGAUCGAUCCGCAGACGUGGACGUAUCAUGGAUUUGGCGAGGGCGGUGGUGCGGCUGUUGGGGUGGGAGCGGUGGGUAUGUUUUCUUCUCUUGUUUCGGGUGUUGUAAGGAUGGCAGGCCGUCCCUUCGAGAGGGAGUAUCGGUCCGUCGCGCAGAUCGAGUAUGAUGUCGAGCACCAUCCGACACCGCCGGAUGAUCCGAAUAUUGCUCUGUCUGAGCUGGAGGAGUGUACGAUCAAAGGGGCGAUUUGCUGCCCCAGGGAGAAGACGUUGCGGCAGAAGGAGGAGUUCUUUGCCGGGAUGGAGUUUGUGCGGCUGGAGGAGUUGCUGGUCAGGGCUAAGAGGGAGGGGUUUAUUUGA